AUGGUUUCAUAUAAAAAUAUAAAUUUAUUUAUCUUGUCCUUUGUUUUUCUUAUAAUUCACGUUUCUUCAAAUGACUUACAAUUAGAGGAAAUGCCAAAAAAUACUUCCGAAUUGAGUGAAGUUCCAAAUAAUAAUGAGAAUUCGAAAGAUGAUGAAAAUAAUAUAAAUUUGCAAAAUGGUGAAAAAUAUGAACAGGUUGAAGAAACCCCAAACACUACUUUAAAUUCGGUUGUAAAUGAUGCAUUAAAUGAAUUUUCAGAUUUAACAAAUAGUCUAACGGAAGAUGGCCCAAGCCCAGAAAAAUCAAAGGAAGGUUUAAAAGAAAAAUUACCUUCAGAAGAAGUUACAGAGGAAAAUGCACCUAAACAGAUAGCUUUAUAUGAAGAGUGUGCACCAGAAUUUGAAGAUUUGAUAACUCUUGAUAAAAAAGAUGAAACAAUGUUUAAAUUUAUUCUAAAUAAAAAGCAAUCAUUUGAUAGACUUGCAGAAGAACAACUAUUAAAGGGAGAUUAUGCAUUAGAAUUAAGACUACCCGAAAAUAAAAAAAAGAAAUUUGAUUAUAUUUUAAAACCCGAUGAAGACAAUUUAGAUGAACUUCUAUCAGAUGGAGAUUUUAGAACAGAAUCAGAAGCAUCAUUAAGCGAAGCAGAAUACGAUUCAAAAACUGAAGCUGAAGAAAAAAAAGAUAAGAAAUCACAAAAAAAAAAUUACGAUGAAUUAUUUAGUACGAUUUUAGAUAAAACGCCUCCUUUAACAGAAGAACAACAAAGAAAUUUGAAAAAGUUUGUUAUGUCUUCAAAAAAGAAGGAAACUACAGAAAUAGAUAAACAAGAACUACCUGAAGAAUUAGAAUCAAAAGAAUCUAUAACAUCUGAUAAACAGAAAGAUCGUGAAAAAGAACCUGAUAAAGAUGCAAAAGAAGACGAAUCUAAGAAACUGGAAAAAAAAAAAUAUGAUAAAUUAUUUAAUAAAAUUGUGGAUGGAGGUUUAAUAUAUGAGCAUAAUAAAGCACUUAAUGAGCACUUUGAUAAUAUUGUAAAAACAGAAUAUGAAGUAUUCGAUGGUGCAUACUCAGAUCAAGGACCAAAAAAAACAGAAAAAGUGGUGAUAGAUGAUGAUACUUAUAUGACACCUGAGUAUGGUAGAAAGGUAGGUAGUGGAUGGUAUAUUGACAACUGGCAUAACUUUAUUGUUCAGUUAGAAGGAGAAUGGGAAAAUUUCAUUAUUCACUUAAAUAAUAAAAAAGUUUGGUUCCUUCAAAACAAAGAUUCUGAAUGGAAUCGUCGCUUACACACAAUUGAAGGUCAAUGGUAUAAAUAUAGUUGUAUUAUAAACCGUCAGAAAAUAAAUAAUUUGAGAUGUUCACCCGAAUUCAUUGACUCUCAAUGGGAUCAAUGGCUUCAAAAUGAUAUAAACUACCAAAUGGAAACAUUUUUCAGUAUGUGGUUUAAUCAAGCAGAAUCUCAAAUGUAUAAAUUGUUUGUGAGGGAAUUGCUUCAAUGGCAAAAUGAAAAAACCAAAGAUUGGUUAGUGCAACAAUGGUUACAUUACGAAGGAAGUAUUCCUAAAAAAUAUUUACAGUUACAUGUUGACUAUUUGACAAAAAUAGCAAGAGGUAAAACAUGGUUUACUUCCGAUAGUUAUGCUAAUACCCAAAGAAAAGAGUUAAUGAAAUGGUUCUUGCGUAAGGGAAAUGAAUAUUUAUCGAAGCAGUGGGAAACAUGGACUCAUUGGAAAGAAAGCAAAGCUGAAUCUUUUAAUGAUAUGGUAAAACAAUAUAGUGGAAGAUCCAUAAAUGAAGAACAAUGGAAUUAUCUUCAGCAGAUUAUGAAUAUGUAA